GAUAGACUUUCUAUCAGACAGCUAUCUGCUAUUUAAGCACUGACUCCAAUCAUUACCAGUUCUUGUGUCUGUUCGGUUAUGUUGAUAAGAACCAGUUUAGUGUUGUGUUACGUGCUUCUGUGUUAAUUUCACUUUGAUUGAUAAAAGUGCGCUUAUGGAAUAUUGUACGCCCACAACACAACGAGUGUUUUCAAAUGCUGAUAGCUCCAGAAACAUGAAAAUAUGGAAUAAUAUUCCAUUUUGAGUUGAAGAGUAAUCUGUGAUAAUUUAUCAAAAUUAGUGAACAAAUAACACUGUCCAAAAUGGUCAAUAUUAUUUUAUUCUUUGGAUGUUUUGAAAACCCCGCCAAAUUAAGAGUACUCUUUGGGAUUUCUAUGGCAGUAGCGGUGGCACUGGCACUUCUAAAAUCAGCUGAUGGAAGAGACGCCAACAAGUUGAAUUUGAAAACUUCAAGUUCUAAUUGUCAUCUUUCAUCAAACUUGAAAGCAAUUAAAAUCAAUAAUUCAAUGGCAGACUCAGUAUGGAGUCAGGAAGACUCCAAACCAUGGGAAAGCCAAACUCGUCUCCCAGCCGAAGUUGUUCCAGAAACUUAUGACAUCUUUCUGAAUCCCGACUUGGCGGAGGGCAAAUUCAGUGGCAGCAUCAAAAUCAACCUGAAAGUGCUGUCGGCGAGAAAGAUCAUUGUUCUUCAUGCCGAUCAACUGAAUGUCAGCUCAACAAAAUUGGUGAAAUUAGAGAACGCAAACUCUACUGCAGGUGUUGAUAUUGCUAUAGCCAGUACAUUCAACUAUGAAAAGAAUCAGUAUUUUGUGAUAAUCUGCGCCAAUCCUAUACAACCAGGAUCUUAUUUGUUGAAGUUGGACUUUUCUGGAAAUCUGACAGGGAAAAUUGUGGGCUUCUAUAGGAGUACUUACAAGGAUGCUACUGAUGGAACUAAAAGGUCGAUUGCUACUACAAAAUUUGAGCCAACCUACGCAAGGAAAGCGUUUCCCUGCUUUGAUGAACCAAGCUUUAAAGCUGAAUUCAUUGUAUCCCUGGUCAAGCCGUCAGACGACAAGUUCAUUGCCCUUUCCAACAUGAAUGUCGUGAAGACCGAAGUGGACCAGCCUAGGCGUGGCUCGACAGUGGUGCACUUUGCCAAAUCAGUUCCAAUGUCCACCUACCUGGCCUGUUUCAUCGUUUGCGACUUUGAGCAGCUGCCGUCUGCGCAUGCGCAGGCCGGAUUUCCGGUCACUGUGUACGGUCGGCGAGGCCAAGUCCACAACCUUGACUAUGCACUGCGGUUGGCUACCAACACUAUCAACUACUAUAUCGAAUACUUCGGCAUCGACUACCCUCUGCCUAAACUCGAUUUGAUAGCUAUUCCAGACUUCGUAUCGGGUGCAAUGGAGAACUGGGGACUCAUCACGUUCAGAGAGACAUCGGUAUUCUUCAACCCCGAAGUGAGCUCCCCUCUCAAUCAGGAUAGGGUGGCCAUGACUGUCACCCACGAGCUAGCACACAUGUGGUUCGGAAAUCUAGCAACGAUGAAAUGGUGGGAUGAUCUAUGGCUGAAUGAGGGCUUUGCUUCCUACAUCGAGUUCAAGGGCGUCAACCAUUCUCAUCCCGACUGGGAUGUGGAUACUCUGUUUCUGUCGGACACACUGCAUCCAGUGCUCCAUAGGGACUCUGUGGUCAGCUCUCAUCCAAUCGUGCAGCAUGUCGCUCAUCCCGACCAAAUCACCGAAAUAUUCGACUUGAUUUCUUAUAAUAAGGGAGCUUCAGUAAUUCGUAUGCUGGAAGAUAUAGUUGGUGCAGAUAAUUUCCGACGAGGCGUGUCAGAUUAUUUGCGACAGUUUAGUUUCAAAAAUGCUGAAACCCAGGAUCUGUGGAAUUCAAUUGCUCAGUAUACAACGGACAUGGAUAUAAGUAAAAUUAUGGACACUUACACUAGGCAAAUGGGACUACCAGUUGUAACAAUCACGCAAGAUGGAAAUAGACUCACUCUGUCGCAGACGAGAUUUCUGGCAGAAAAUGCCACAUUUGAUGAGUGCGAAUCCAAUUUUAAGUACAAGUGGGAAAUCCCGCUCACUUAUGUCACGUCGAAUAAUCCUUCCGAAGUACAUAGGACAUGGCUGCACUUGCAUGACAAUUCAACAAGCAUUGACCUGCCAGAAGGAACGAAAUGGGUCAAGUUCAACUUGAGACAAAAAGGCUACUAUCGUGUCAACUAUACGUCAGAAGGCUGGAAAGCAUUGUCUGAUUUACUUAUCAACAACCAUGAGGUUCUGAGUGCCGCAGAUCGGGCAAGUCUGUUGAAUGACGCGUUCAGUUUGGCCAGCGCUGGUUACCUCAACUACAACACUGCCCUCAGUCUGCUCAAGUACAUUUCCAAGGAAACUCACUUUGUUCCGUUGCAAUCGGCCUCAGGUGCAUUGGCAUCACUCGACAGACAUCUACGCGAUACACCUGUCUAUGACAAAUUCAAGAAAUUCGUUCAAACCCUACUGGAGCCUCUAGAUGUCGACUCCAUGUGGAGCAGCUCACCAUCUGAAACCUACAUGGAUAGGAGAAGACGAAUCGUUCUGUUUGGUCUAUUGUCCAAAUUCGAGAUUCCCAGUGUUGUCACUUUUGCUCACAAGAAGUUCACGGAUUGGCUGCUGAACAAUGGAUCGAAGCCCGAUGUUGACGUCAGAGGCAUCAUUUACGAGACUGGCAUAAAAAAUAGCAGCAAAGAAGAGUGGGAAAAGCUGUGGAAAAUUUAUUUGAAAGAAGACGAUCCACAGGAAAACAGUCGCAUUCGAAACACACUGGCCGCUUCUAAUGAUCCAGCUAUGAUUGACCAGCUGAUGGAGUUGGCUAAAGAUGAGAGCAAUGUCCGUUCGCAGGACUACAUACUCAUGCUUUCUGUAAUCUCCAGUUAUCCUGUUGGGAAUAAGGCUGUCUGGAAGUUUGUAAGAGAGAAUUGGUCGUAUCUGGUGAAUCGAUUCACUCUGAACGAUAGACAGCUGGGGAGACUGAUACCAGCAAUUUCAGUCAGCUAUGGAAGUGAAGAAAAGCUCAAAGAAUUGAAAGAUUUUUUCGCUUUGCAUCCUGAUUCUGGAGCCGGAGAGGCAGGCCGCAAAAUCGCCCUGGAGCAAAUUCAAAACAACAUCAACUGGCUCAAGACCCAUGUUUCCGAAUUGGAUCAAGCUCUUGCUUGAUCUAAACUUCAAAGCUUCGCAGGAAUAUCAGUGAAAAAACAUGACUAAUUUCCUGGGGUCUGUGAUCUUCUGUUUAUCUUAGUACAUCCUCUGUUUACGGGGAAAAACAGAAUAAUUUUCUAUGAUACUUUAUUUUUGAUCUUCCUAAAUUUUACAUUCUCAGUUUAAAUAUUUUUGAACUGGAAGUUAUGAUUAAUUAUAAAAUGUAAAUUUACUUUACAUUUUGUAAUGUAAUUUACAUUUACAUUAACAAAAUUUACACUUUGUAAAUCUACAAAGUUAAUUUACUUUACCUUCAAGAAAAGUGGAGGUAACUGUAUUUUGAACUGUUUUAACUUCUCUAUCUAAAUACUACAUUUUUAAUUGAUAGAAUAAGACUUUGAUAUUGUCAAUACCACUUUAAUGCUGUCAAUACCACGUUUGAAAAUAUCAACAUCUUAUUCUUUCAAUUACGGAGAAAUACCAUAACAUCUCUUACCAUACGAUCAAAUUACUACAUUUUUAGAGUAUUUUUUUCGAAAUCCUGCAUUUUAAGAGUAUUUUUCGACAGGAAAUAGUGAUAAUAGUGAUGAAGAUGAAAAUGGAUUUAACUAAAUUUUUAAUUUCUUUUAACCUAAAUUUGGGAGAGAAAAAGUUGAGUGUGGCCAGGCGUUCUGAAUUCCAGUGGUCUUAAGCGGAUUUAGAUAUAAAUAAAUCUUCAUUAUAUUACAAGUACAUUACAGAAUAACAAUAAUCAAAUAUUGAAUUCAACAAAAAUGUAUUGAAUAUAUCUAUAUCCUCAUGAGACCGCUCUGGCCGCUGACCGCUCUCUGUGUGCAAACACCCUAAGGGUUCACCUGAUAUUUUCUUCUCAAAAAACAAUUAUAUUGAUGAGUGAUUUUAAAAAUCAAUGAAUUUUGAGCCAAAAUAUCGAAUAACAUAACUUUAUAAAAUAUAUACUGUAUUAUGAACAGGAUAAUAAAGUUGUUUUAUGCAAUUCAGCAUAAUUUAAGUUUAUUUGUAUUCUGAGUAUCUGAUCUUGAGAAAUUUAUUUAAAACACAAUAAAUGUUGAGCCUAAAUAUCGAAUAACAUAACUUUAUGAAAUAUAUACUGUAUUAUGAACAGGAUAAUAAAGUUUUAUGCAGUUAAAAAUAAUUGAAGUUUAUUGGUUUUAUGAGUAUCUGAUCUUGAGAAAUUUAUUUAAAACACAAUAAAUGUUGAGCCAAAAUAUCGAAUAACAUAACUUUAUAAAAUAUAUACUGUAUUAUGAACAGGAUAGUAAAGUUUCAUGCAGUUAAACAUAAUUGAAGUUUAUUGGUUUUAUGAGUAUCUGAUCUUGAGAAAUUUAUUUAAAACAC